CGAGGUGGUCGCCGGCGUCGCGCGGGGGCAGCGGCAGCGGCAGCGUUGGGCUCGCUACCGUCGGUCGGGCAUGGCCGGCACCCAGUGAUGGACGCGAAGAGCGGCUCGCCGCCCCCGGCGGUGGGCGGCAGCGGCAGCGUCGCCCCCGUGGCUGUCCAGACCCAAGGCCUGGAGCUGGAACUGCAGCUGGAGAAGUCGGCCAGCGCGGAGGACCUCAGCGAGUACACCGACGCCGACGAGUCCGUCUCCUCGGCGCCUACGGAGUUCCUCGCAGAGUUCCUGUCUGCGCUGAUGCUGAAGGACUACGAGGCAGCCCUCAAGUACUGCAAGCUCAUUCUGCAGUAUGAGCCAAACAACGCAGCCGCCAAAGAGUUCUACCCACUGAUCGUCGAGAAGAUCCAGCUCAUGGAAGCCGCGAGCCUGGACAGCAGCAACGGGAACAGCGGCGAAGGCGAGGACGACGACAACGGCAACCACGUGAGCUCGGGGGCGGCGCUGACCGGGGGCGGCUGCAGCUCCAGCAGCUCCAGCAGCAGCGUCCACUCGGAGGAGGAGGGCCGCGCCUCGGGCUGCAGCCACUCCGAGGGCGACUCGGACGCCACCACGGCCAGCUACUCCAGCCUGGAGGACGACGACGCCGCCGCCGCCGGGACGAGCAGCGACUCGGAGAGCCCGACGGAGCCGAUCAGCCAGCAGCAGCAGGCGAUGGCGGUGGCCGUGCAGCAGCUGCGCGCCAGAGUCACCCCCGCACGCACCUCCUAG